AUGACACAAGGUGAAUUAAGGGAAGACAAUAAUAUAUCGUGUAAAAAUGAAAGCGUAUUAAAGAAAACCACCGAUAAUGAUAGCGAUAAAAAGAAUAAAGGAAUUGAAGUUGAGAAUGAAAAGCCCAAUAUUGUCGAUAUUAAAGCUGUUGAUGGUGAAGACGACGAAAAAAACUCUACACUUCUUCGACGUCGCCGACAAAAUAACUCAUCAAGCCCUUCCAGCAACAAUAAUAAUGAACAUAUAAACAAUAACGAUAAUAAUCAUAUCAACAAUAUUUUUGUGUUAUUUAGUUUAAUAAUGCAUAAUCCCUGGAAUUUGAGAAAUAUUAAAAUCAAGUUAUUGUUAUCGAUUCUUAUCGUUUUGUUGAUCUACGGGAGUGGCUAUUACGUGUAUUUUGUUAAAAAUUAUCGUCCGACAGAAUCGACUUCUGACAGUUUCGUUGAUUGGGCAAAUAUUAUACAAGGUACCGGUACAAUGUUUGAAGAGAUGAUUCAACAUCGUAUCAUCUUGCUGGAUCUCGCGGAUACAUUAAACGAUGCAUAUAUUUCUGAGAUUCUCCUCCACCUAACAAAAAAUAUUGAAACCGCUGAAGAAGGAAUAGUUGAUCUUUGCUACAUAGCUUCAAAAUCCUUUAAAAAAAUGCAAAUUGAAGUUUCAUUGAUCAAAAGAGCUCUAUCGGAAAUCGAAAAAGGACAUUUCAAUGCGCAUACUUUUGCCUUUAGGUAUAAGACUGAAUAUGGAAAAUAUCAAUACACGCAAAAGCUUCUAGAAAUCCGUUUCCAGAUGCUGAACUCUAUAAUUACCAGUUUUCGAGAAAAUUUACACAGGGUUAUCCUCUACUUAGAUCAAACAGAGCACACUGCUCAAAAGAUGCGCGAGCAUUUAAUCGAUGGUGAACGAAAAGCGAGGAAUGAAAUCAAAAACCACCGGUUUAAUGCGUUAAAAGAUUACAAUGACCGAAUAAGAGCACAAAAGGAGUUAUUACAAAUACUUUUUGCUAUAAAUUCUCUCAGAACUAAUCUUAUUAAAGUUGAUGCAUAUUGCAACAGAUUUAAGUUGAACUCGAAACCAAAACCAAAUUUGCUACGAGUUUACCAGAUAUUAGAAACGUAUCAAAGAGAACUGUUACUAGCACCCUUUUUAGACGAUAAUUGGAAAUUAUAUUUCUAG